UCCUCCUUUUGGCAUUCACUUCAUCUCGUUGGCAUUCAGACUGACGCAUCAGGAGGAACCAGACUAACUACAGCUUUGGAACGAACAAUCAGCUCUUUCACAGACCUCAACUGACUGAGAAAUCCUUCACCAAAGGCUGGAUAGUACAUCUACUUACAAGUACUGUGUUGAGUACAAUAUAAAGUGAAGAUGUUUCUGCGCUGCUUGCUGGCACUGCUGGCUUUAACGUCACUGAGUUUUAGCACCAAUCCCGGAGUACAGGUCAGACUAACAAAGAAAGGACUUGAAUAUGGCAGACAACUGGGGAUGGCUUCGAUACAGCAGAAACUCAAAACCAUCACGAUCCCAGAUAUGUCAGGGAAAGUGAAGUUGAGACCUGUUGGCAAGGUCAAGUACAGCCUGACAAAUAUGAGGGUGAAGAGUGUGGGGCUACCACAGUCUCAGUUAAGUCUGGUGCCAGGGACUGGUUUAAAACUGGGCAUUGGAAACGCAUUUCUCAGUAUGAAUGGAAACUGGAGGGUUAAGUUCCACCGAAUUCUGAGGACCCACGGCUCUUUUGAUUUGAACGUGAAAGGACUCACAAUUGCAACAAGUAUUGCUGUCAAGAGUGAUGAGACAGGCCGACCUGAUGUCAGUACUGUCAGCUGUGCAGCAACGGUCGGCAGUGCACACAUCAAAUUCCACGGUGGAGGAAGCUGGCUGUACAAUCUCUUCAGUAAGUUCAUUGAUAAGGCUCUGCGAAAAGCACUAGAGAAAAAGCUCUGCCCUCUGGUGGCUGGCGCUGUGUCUGAUUUGAAUCCUGAGCUGAAAACCCUCAAUGUUUUGGCCAAAGUGGACAAGUUUGCUGAGAUUGAAUAUUCCAUGGUAUCAUCGCCCACAGUGUCAGCAUCUUCUCUGGACUUGGGCUUGAAGGGUGAAUUUUACAAUAUCGGGAAGCACCAGGAGCCUCCAUUUCCACCCCCCAGUUUUUCUCUCCCACCCCAGGUCAAUGAAAUGUUGUACAUCGGUGUGUCCACCUUCACUGCCAACUCUGCCACUUUUGUCUACAACAAAGCUGGAGUCCUCAGCAUGAACAUCACAGAUGACAUGGUCCCACGAAUCUCUCCCAUCCGUCUUGACACCAACACAUUUGGAGCCAUCGUCCCGCAGAUUGCAGAACGCUUCCCAGGUCUGAAGAUGAAACUGCUGCUGAAUGCCCCAAAAGAUCCGGUCAUCAGUUUUAAGCCCAACAACGCCAUGGUUCAAGCUACUGCCGCAAUGACGGCCUAUGCCAUCCAACCCAAUGCUACGCUUACGCCUCUCUUUGUUCUUAACUUGGACAUUAGUGUCAGUGCCCGAGUGUUUGUCAGUGGAAUGAAGAUUGCUGGGGCCAUCACCCUAAACAAGAUGGGUCUGACCCUGGGGACUAGCAAUGUUGGAGAUUUUAAGGUUGGGUACCUCGACAGCAUCCUCAAAAUUGUCCUCAAACUGGUAGUGAUACCUCAACUGAACAUUCGUCUCGCAGAGGGAUACCCACUUCCUACUCUUGGAAAGAUGAAGCUUGCGAACACUCAGCUUCAGGUCCUUCAGGACUAUAUGCUGAUUGGAACAGAUGUCCAGUUCACGCCUUAAAAGUUCCAUCUGGAAACUCCUAAGAAUCUUGACUGUACUGUGGCAUGCCAGUAUAAAGACAUGGCAAAAGCAUCAACAAGUACAAAUAUUGGUUCUCCAGAGAAAUAUGUCAUAGAAAUAUCUUCUUUUUUUUUUAUUUAGCUUUCAUGUUCAAUGUGUAGAAUGUGUUGAUCCAUAACAUACUGCAGCUUUGAGAGUCCCAUUAAAAUGACAAGACAUCAGUCAACCACCAACACAUUAAACAAAACAAAUUUUGUAUUAUGUAUUAUAGAGGCCGAGCUGUGGCUGAGAGCUCGGCCUCUCAGGCUUUGGGACAUGGACGACAAUAUCUAUAAUAUAGACACACAAAACACAAAACCUCAAAGAAUAAACGACUAGCAAGAUUAAUCAUUAAAAGUAGAAAAAAACAGAAAGUUCUUGAAUGUGAUGAUUAUUUAAACAAUGUCCAGCUUCCACUUAAUCUUUACCCUUGUCCUUAUCUCAUUUCAUCUCACUUUAUCCAUUUUUUUAUUUUGGUAUGUUACAACUAAUCAGGAGAUGUUGUGUAACUGAAAAACUGUGUUGAAUUUUUCUUACUCGUGAAUCCUUUUUUACUUGACUGUAUUUGAAGAAAUUUGACCUUAUAUGUAUUUUUGCAAAUUUUUAAUAAACUGGUUUGAAAAUUCA